AUGCUAAGGACAACAACGUCAGUAGCUUCACAACAAUACUCCAACAGGUGGAUAAGGAUUCCUCCUUCAUGUCUGCCGCCACCAAGUCGGAAAAUCUCUAAUUCACGCUUAACCUUUAGUACAUAUCAUCAUAAUAACUCCCUAGUGUUCAAGUGUUCCAACAUGACAGUGACACCUAAGAUAUCGGUUAACGACGGGAAUUUAGUGGUUCACGGGAAGACCAUAUUGAGUGCAGUUCCAGACAAUAUUGUUUUAACACCAGGAACUGGAAAAGGCAUUGAGACCGGUGCUUAUAUUGGUGCUACUGUUUCCAAUACCAAAAGCAUCCAUGUCUUUCCCGUAGGUGUCUUACAGGAUCUCCGAUUCUUGUGUUGCUUCCGGUUCAAGUUAUGGUGGAUGACACAUAGAGUAGGAACUUGUGGAAGAGAUAUCCCUCUAGAAACCCAAUUCAUACUUAUAGAGAUCAAAGACAGUAAAAAUCAGCACGAAAAUUCUCCGGUCAUUUACACUGUCUUGCUUCCUUUAUUGGAAGGCCAGUUCCGUGCUGUCCUACAAGGAAAUGACAAAAAUGAGAUAGAGAUUUGCCUUGAAAGUGGAGAUCCUGCUGUUGAGACCAAUCAAGGCCUUCACCUGGUGUACAUGCAUGCAGGAACCAACCCUUUUGAAGUCAUCAGUCAAGCUGUCAAGGCUGUAGAAAAACACAUGCAAACUUUUCUGCAUCGAGAGAAGAAAAGAUUACCGUCUUUCAUUGACUGGUUUGGCUGGUGCACAUGGGAUGCUUUCUAUACUGAUGUCACAGCUGAGGGUAUUGAAGAAGGAUUGAAAAGCUUAUCAGAGGGAGGCGCAUCUCCUCGGUUCCUCAUCAUCGAUGAUGGUUGGCAACAGAUUGAGAGUAAACCAAAAGAUGCCGAUUCUGUUGUACAAGAAGGAGCACAGUUUGCGACAAGGUUGACAGGUAUUAAAGAAAACACCAAGUUUCAAAAGAAUGGUGGGAGAAAAGGCCUGGAGCAUGUUGUAGAUCAAACAAAGGAACUUCACAAUAUGAAGUAUGUAUAUGUUUGGCAUGCUCUUGCUGGUUAUUGGGGUGGAGUGAAGCCAACAGCAAUUGGAAUGGAGCACUUCAACACUUGUGUGGCAUACCCUGUACACUCUCCGGGCAUUCUAGGAAAUCAACCAGACGCCGUAAUGGACAGCUUGACUGUCCAUGGCUUAGGUCUAGUUCAUCCGAAGAAGGUCUUUGAUUUCUACAAUGAGCUCCAUGCUUACUUAGCUUCGUGCGGAGUAGAUGGAGUGAAAGUUGAUGUGCAAAACAUUAUCGAGACCCUUGGUUCAGGACAUGGCGGAAGAGUCUCAAUCACACGUAGCUAUCAUCAAGCACUUGAGGCCUCUAUAGCUCGAAAUUUUUGUGACAACGGAUGCAUUGCUUGCAUGUGUCACAAUACUGAUGGCCUCUAUAGUGGCAAGCAGACUGCUGUAGUGAGAGCCUCUGAUGACUUUUACCCACAUGACCCUGCUUCUCAUACCAUUCAUGUUUCAUCGGUUACGUAUAACUCAAUUUUCCUUGGAGAGUUCAUGCAACCUGACUGGGACAUGUUUCAUAGUUUACAUCCAGCAGCCGAGUAUCAUGCUGCAGCUCGUGCGAUAAGUGGAGGUCCAAUUUAUGUCAGUGAUAAACCAGGAAGGCACAAUUUUGAUCUUCUAAAGAAACUGGUUCUUCAUGAUGGCUCGGUUCUCCGUGCUCAGCUACCUGCCCGACCCACUGUUGACUCUCUCUUUGUUGAUCCAGCAAGAGAUGGGAAAAGCUUGCUCAAGAUAUGGAACUUGAACAAAUAUUGUGGAGUUGUUGGUGUAUUUAACUGUCAAGGUGCUGGGUGGUGCAAGAUAGAAAAGAAAAACCGUAUUCAUUGCGAAACCCCUGAGACACUUACUGGCUCUGUCUGUACCUUCGAUGUUGACCUCAUUGCUCAAGUAGCUGGUGCAGAUUGGAAUGGGGACGCUGUUGUCUAUUCUUACAGAUCAGGCAACAUAAUUCGGUUACCGAAGGGUGCUUCAGUGCCAGUGACAUUAAAAGUUCUAGAAUAUGAGCUUUUCCAUUUCUAUCCAAUCAAGGAAAUCGCGCAAGGUAUUUGGUUUGCGCCGAUAGGGCUGUUGGAUAUGUUCAACACAGGAGGAGCUGUGGAACAGUUGGAAAUCUAUAAAAAUGAAUGUGGAAUGGCUGGUGAAGAAGAAGUAGCUGCAUCAGUUAGCCUAAAAGUAAGGGGAAGUGGAAGAUUCGGGGUUUACUCUUCCCAGAAGCCAGUGAAGUGUGUGGUGGGUGAUAAUGAAAAUGAGUUCAACUAUGAGUCAGAGACUGGGUUGACAACUUUCUACAUCCCAGUUUCAGUUGAAGACAUGUAUAAAUGGUCAAUAGAGAUACAGUUUUGA